UUAGCAUUAUUGAUGAAAUGAUAUUGUUGGUGUAGAAAUGCCUUCUCUUCUUCUCUGGCCAAUCUGUGUACCAAAGGGAAAGCGAAGAUCUUCUCUACAAGAUUUUCCAUGGGUAACCUUCUUUAUCAUAUGAUCAUCCCCUUCUUAUUGUUCCUUACAACUACCCAUGCAAAAUCAAAUCCUCAUUGUCCACCUUCCUCUUGUGAUAAUAUCAUCAACAUAACUAGUCCUUUCCGACUUAACACCGAUCCAAAACACUGUGGCUACUCUCAUUAUAAGCUUUCCUGCGAGAACAAUCUUACUGUAUUACACUUGAAGUCUGUCAAAUACUUUGUGCGGUCAAUCAAUUAUGCCAACUACACAAUUCGAGUUGUGGACUCCAAUGUUGACAGGAACAAUUGCUCCACCUUUCCAUCUCCAACAUAUUCCCGUCGCUACAACUACUUUACAAAGAUUAUAGCAAUCUUGAAAUGUUUCUGAUUUGGCGAUUGGGUGCCGCACGGAGCUAAGGACCUUCGUAUCGAAUCAGACUGUGGUGAAUGGGAGGACUACUUCUUAUGUGGACUUUCACAACCACCUUGCUUAUGGCUUUGAGCUUUCAUGGUUGGACACAUAUUUCAUUGAUUAUUACUUCAUCGAUUAUUCCAACGAGAUGCGAUGUGAUCCGUUGGAUUGGCCUUCACCAUUAAGUAUGGUAUUGGGCAUAAUGACCUACUUACUACUUGAGCUGGGACUAAAAUUUAUAUUGGGGACUCCAUUUGUAGUUGCUUUUUUAAUCUAUAAAUGGCGAAGGCGUCAUUUAUCAAUGUAUAAUUCUAUUGAGGAGUUUCUUCAUACACAAAAUAACCUCAUUCCUAUAAGAUACUCAUUCAGAGAGAUAAAAAAGAUGACCCGAAAUUUCAAGAACAAAUUAGGUGAAGGAGGUUAUGGUUCUGUAUUCAAAGGAAAGCUUCGUAGUGGUCGUAUUGUUGCAGUUAAGAUAUUGAGUAAAUCCAAAGGAAAUGGGGAAGACUUUAUCAAUGAAAUUGCUACAAUUGGAAGAAUUCAUCAUGUUAAUGUUGUUCAUUUGAUAGGCUUUUGUGUCCACUCCUCAAAGCAUGCUCUUGUGUAUGAUUUCAUGGCUAAUGGAUCUUUGGAAAAAUAUAUAUUUUCUCAAGGAGGAGUUAUCUCCUUAAGUUGCAAGCAAAUUUUUGAAAUUUCACUUGGCGUGGCACGUGGAAUUGAGUACAUGCACCAAGGAUGUUACAUGCAAAUUUUACACUUUGAUAUUAAACCCCACAACAUUCUCUUGGAUGAAAAUUUUAUUCCAAAAGUUUCUGAUUUUGGGUUAGCAAGAUUGUGCCCAUUAGAAAAUAAUACUAUGUCCCUAACUGCAGCAAGAGGAACCUUAGGAUACAUAGCACCAGAGCUAUUUUACAAAAAUAUUGGAGGAGUUUCUAAUAAAGCUGAUGUGUAUAGUUUUGGAAUGUUACUGAUGGAAAUGGCAGGUAAAAGAAAAAAUAUAGACGCACUUGCAGAAAAUACUAGCCAGAUUUACUUUCCUUCAUGGGCACAUGAUCAAUUAAGUCAAGGAAAAAAUGUUGACGUAGCAACAACAGAUACAGAUGGGGAAAUUUCAAAAAUUAUAAAGAAGAUGAUUAUAGUAGCAUUAUGGUGUAUACAACUAAAGCCAAGUGAUCGCCCUACAAUGAACAAAGUCAUAGAAUUGCUUGAAGGAGAAGUUGAAUGUCUACAAAUGCCUCCUAAGCCUUUCCUAUGUGAAUUAGAGAAGCCGAUUGAGCAUGUCCAAGAAACAUUGUAUUCAGUUGAGUCAACAAUACCAUCAUUAACACUCCCAAGAUAAGUUCAAAUCUACAUCCAAACGAUUGGCAUUUGCAGCCUUUGCACUAUUUUUUUAAAAAAAUUUAUAGAUAUUGUUGGUUUUUAUCUUUGCUAUGUCAAAAUAUUAUUGCAAGCUUGGAAGAAAAAAAAAUCAAUUUUUUAUAGGUAAUUUGUGUGACAAUAAAUAAUAGAUCGAGUAGUUAAAUUAAUAUUUCAAAUAGAA